AUGGCCGCACGGCAAGACUCUCCAUUUGACGGCAAGGAGAACCUACAGAAUGGACAUGCCAAUUGUGUCUACCAGUCGCAGGACGGUUUCUUGAAAUACCAGGAAAGUCUUGCUGCCAACGGUAGCGCACAUGAGUGCGCCACGAAGAAGAGGAAGGGGAAGGGCGAGACCCUCAUGGGCACGCUCUGCGCCUGGGUUGUAGAACAUCAGAUAGGCCUCUCAAUCAACCUCGUUCUACUCCUCGCCCUAACACACCUCUGCUUCCCUCGCGCGCGACGACGUACCCAAAAGUUCUUCACCUUAUCCUACCACGAUCCGUCCACCGGCCAAUACACGCAAGGUUGGGACGAUCUGUCGCUUGUGUCGUUCUGGAUCGUCAUCUUUACAGGCCUCCGCGCCGCGGUUAUGGACUACAUCCUGAAGCCAUAUGCGAGAUGGGGCGGCGUCGACAAGCCGAAGGCAAGAGUCAGGUUCGCCGAGCAGGCUUGGCUGUUUCUAUACUACUCCAUCUUCUGGACGUUAGGCAUGUACAUAAUGUACAACUCUCCAUACUGGUUCAAUCUGCGCGAGAUGUGGACCCACUUUCCAACGCGCGGCAUGAGCGGCUUACUCAAGUGGUAUUACCUUGUCCAGUUCGCCUUCUGGCUGCAGCAAAUCGUCGUGGUCAACAUCGAGGAGCGGCGGAAAGACUACGCGCAGAUGUUUACGCAUCAUAUCGUUACGAGCGCUCUCAUGUUUAUGAGCUACGGGUUCUACCAGACAAAAGUCGGAAAUGUGAUACUGUGCAUCAUGGAUGUCGUGGAUAUCAUCCUACCGGCCGCAAAGAUGCUCAAAUAUCUCAGCUAUUCCACCGCCUGCGACAUCGCUUUCGGCGUCUUCAUGAUCACCUGGUUCGUCGCGCGCCACGUCUUCUACCUCCUCGUCUGCUGGUCCAUCCACACCGACGUUCCGGCCACCAUGCCAUCCGGUUGCUACUCCUCUCUUACCGGCGAGAAGCUCUCCUCCGACGGCGGCUCCGACGUUCUGCGCCACGUGCUGCAGCCCUUCCGCGACCCCGGUGGCGAAACCUGCUUCAACGAGAACAUCCGAUGGGCGUUCCUGGGACUGCUGCUAGCGCUACAAGUCAUCACGCUUAUCUGGUUCGGGAUGAUCGUCCGGGUCGCGUACAAGGUCCUCAAGGGAUCUAGCGCCGACGACUCGAGGAGCGACGACGAGGGCGAGGCGUCCGAGGACGAGAUCGAGGAGCUUGAGGUCGAUCAUCCUACUUCUGCCUCGGUGCAGCUGAAGUACGCCCAACCGCUCGAAGAGGAGGUCGGGGUGGAGGAGCUGCAUUUUGCGAGGAGGAUGAGUCCGUCGACGAGGCUGUAUAGGCGAAGCUCGGGACGAGCGAGCGGAAUCAGUAUUACUGGCCACAGUGACAGGAAGGAGUUGUUGGGGCGUAUCGGAUGUGAUAAGCCGUCUUGA